CGUUGUUUUGAAUAAAUGUUUCUCAGCUGAUUUUGGAGCAGGAUCAUGGACGGAGAUGCAAACGCUGUUUUUUCUUCACGGUCGGAGAGAAAAGCACUUGAAAAGGCAAAAAUACUACAACGGGAAAGGGAACGGACAAUUUUCAAAUUGGUGGGAAAGGUCUUGAAGAAACCCGAAGCGGAGCGGUCAGAAGAGGAGGCCGCUGUGCUAGAGUUGCACCGGGACACGGUGGAGGAGCUGUGCAGAAGGGAGCUCCGCAGGAAGGUGCUCAAGAGGAAGCAGGAUGAGGUUUUUGAUGAUUCUGAUGAGUUAAAAUCCAAAGUGAGGCAGCUGGCUCUUGCUAUUAAACAGGCAAAAAACCUGGUUGUUUAUACAGGCGCUGGCAUAAGCACGGCUGCCUCAAUCCCAGACUACAGGGGUCCAAAUGGAGUUUGGACACAACUGCAGAAAGGGCGGAGUAUCAGUUCGUCUGAUCUUAGCAAAGCAGAGCCAACAUACACACAUAUGUGCAUUAGAACAAUGCAUAAGGAAAGGCUGGUUACACAUGUUGUGUCACAGAAUUGUGAUGGACUUCAUGUACGUAGUGGUCUCCCAAGACAAGCCUUAUCUGAGCUCCAUGGAAACAUGUUUAUUGAGGUGUGUACCUCAUGUUCUCCUGUGAGGGAGUAUGUGCGUUUAUUUGACGUUACUGAACGAACUUCACUUCACCGACACAACACAGGGCGUAAGUGUAGGCACUGUGGAAGUGAACUCAGAGACACUAUUGUGCACUUUGGGGAGCGAGGAACACUUGAACAACCUCUGAACUGGGAAGGAGCUGCACAGGCUGCCAAGACCGCAGAUGUCAUUCUCUGUUUAGGCUCAAGUCUAAAGGUGCUGAAAAAAUAUCCAUGUUUAUGGUCCAUGAACAAACCUGCAAUCAAGCGGCCACAACUGUACAUUGUCAAUCUUCAGUGGACGCCAAAAGAUGAUUUGGCAGUGCUUAAAAUUCAUGCCAAAUGUGAUGAUGUUAUGAAACUUUUAAUGGAGGAACUAAAUAUGCAUGUUCCACCCUAUAACAGGACAGAGGAUCCCAUUUUUACUUUGGCUACACCUUUACAGCCAGAAGAGGCCAACACUCAUUCUCGUGAAGUCAUUACUCCAUCUACAGAGCAGGAACAUGUCUCAGCUCACUCUGAAGUCUCUAUAGAAACCCCAUCUGUUCAAGGAGGUUGGUUUGGACGAGGUUAUCGUAAAGGAAGAAUGGGGAAGAAAAAAAAUGUAUAAUUACCCUAAUUGAAUGUCAUAGUUAACAUACCUUUUGGUAUGUUUAGCCCUUCUUUUCUUGGAGGAUGAGAAAAAUGUGUUAGACACAUGUAACGUAGGUGCUAUUUUAAGUUUACUGAGAUACUGGACUCUUUCGUUGUGUGGUAAAGGUCUUACAUUUGUUACUCCAUUGCAGCAACUAAGCACAGCAUAGCUCAGGAUUUAAAGUGGUUUAGAAUACCACUUCUGAUAUUCGUUGGCACCAAUGGUAAUAGGCUGCUUACUCGGUUGUUAUUAUUUAUUAUGUAUAAGAAUAGAUUAACAGAUCAUGCAUAGAUUGUAUGGACAAUUUACCAAGUUUGUAAAAUGUUUAUUCCAGAGAAAGCCACCCAUUAUCCAAUGAAGGAUUUUCAGUGGAAUUUGGAUGAUCAGGACAGUGUUUAAUUACGUGCUUUAGAAUUAGAACAUCAUUAUACAGACACUGAAAAAGGCUUUUUCUUAAAGGUUUUGUUUACCUAAAUGGUGGUUAAUGAGGAUUUUUUUUCUCUUUUGUAUGUUUGCACUGUUGAAAUGAUGUGCUCCAUAAUGAUCUUUUGCUUUUAACAUUAUUUAAUCCUUAUUUGCUGUUGAUGCUAGCUACUAUUGUUAUGUUGCUCAGGUCAGGACCUAGAUUACCUGUUUAUUGUUUACAUUUUUAUCUCAACUUUGUUGCUAAUAAGGCAGAGUUAGGUCUGCUCACUCCUGAAUGACUUGUGUUGCUUUUUUUAUUUUUAUUUUUUAUUAUCAUGUAACAGACAUACUUGGGGAUCACCAAACUGAUGUAUUUAUUAUCUCAGGAAGAUUCUGUAUUAUGUGUCCUAUGUGUCCUAUUCAGGUUGCUUUGACCCUCCAGAUGUUAAGGCUUUACUGAAAAACUAGCAUGUCUGAGAACGCUUGUUCACGAAUGCUGGCAAUGUGGCACCACAGUUUUGAUAUUAAAAUAAGGUUGAAUUUGGU